UCAUUUUUAAGUUAUAUAAAUGGCAAACCUAUGAAAAAUGUGUUUGACUACAAAUGUUAAAUUUAUUAUUUAUCAACUUCAGAACUAAAGCAUGAUUGUAAAUACUCUCUAUUACAGAAUUUUUUAUUUCAUAUUACUGUAUAUGAUACCUAUGAUAAAUGCUCUAAAGCCACAUGAAUUUCGAUAUCGGCUUUUUAAAUUGCAACAACUUUUAAAUAACGUUAAUGAUGUACAACAUUUUUUGAUAGAAGUUAUUGAAAUUUCAUUGGAAAAUUCAAAAAACUCAGAUCAAACUUUAGACAUGGAAGAAUUCCAAAUAGAUAUUAUGAAUGACAUUCAACAGAAAGUUUUUAAUAGUCUAGUUGAUAGUAAAAGUAAAAUGAUCAAGUAUGAGCAAUUAAUAGACACAGUGCUUUAUAAGAAUGGCCAUAAUUUUGAAGAAAACUCACAGGAAUUAAUUAACUGUCUUAGGGCAUGCGAUGGCAAUAAAGAUAGCUAUAUAAAUUACGACGAUUUCAGCGAAUUUAUAGCAAAUUGGAGUCCUAUGAUGGUCAAUAAUGUUAUGCAAUCAAACGUAAGUUUCUUUUAAAAUAAUAUUAUACAAUGUCUGUUAUUU